AUGUCGACCCCCGAGCUGCGAGCGCUGCACGAGGCGCUCAACACGCUGACCCAGCUCGAGCGUGGCAGGUCCGUGAGCCAGACCAAGGUGCGAGCAGUAGCAAAAGCCUGCUUCGAAGCGCGCGACGAGUAUAAGCUUGCCGUGCACCAGGUCGAGCAAUUUGUGAAGACGGCGCCGGCGCACUGCCGGCUGGCGGGCGUCUACGUCAUCGACGCGGUCUGCCGCCGGAGCAAGGACCAGAGCCAGAACGACGUCUUCACGCCGCGCUUCUCCACGAGUAUUCUCGCGACGAUCAGCGCGUUGGACGACGCCGACCUCGAGGACCGCCAGCGCCUCGUCAAGCUCGUCGAGAACUGGGUCAAGAUGCGGCUCUUCGAGGGCGUGGACUUCGAGUCGGUCGCGGUGAUCCAGCGGACGCGCGGCGACGGCGCCGACGUCUACGGCCAGCCGCCGCGGAAGCGGUCGCGGUCGCCGGACCGGCGGCAGGGCUACGCGCCCGCGCCGCCGCAGCAGGGCUACACGCCGGCGCCGCCGGGCAGCUAUCCACCCCAGCAACAAUCGUGGGGCGGCCCGCCGCCGCAGCAGUGGGGCGGUCCGGCGCAGAUGCCGACGGGCUGGGCCGCGCCGCCGCCGCCGCCGCAGGGAGGCUUCACGCCGGCACCGCCGCGGGCCUCGCCGCCGAGCGGCGGCUUCAACGCGCGGCGCGCCGUGCACUCGGAGCCGCAGCCGCCGCUGCUGACGCCGUCCGACCUCGCGCCGGGUGGCUUCGACCCGCGGCGCGCCGUCAACCCGCAACAAUCGCCCCGCGGUCAGCCCGAGCAGGCGUGGGGCAACGAGAGGGUGCCCGACUCGAUCGACCCCGCGGUCCGCGGCCGGCCCGAGGCGCCGCCCGCCAAGCAGCGCCGCGUCGAGACGGAUUAUGGUAGUGCGGAGCAUCGGCGCGCGCCGACCCGGUCCUGGGGCGCGGAAGACAGAUCCGGCAGAAGCUUCGGCGUCGCGGAGAUGAAAGCCUUCGACAGGACGAGCGGCGACCGCCCGCUCCCGGGCCGCGCGUUCCCGCCGAUGAACGCGAAGCGGCCGCUGCGGCCGGGCACCGAUGCGGUCGACGGCCGGCGCAGAGUCUACGAGUACCCGGACGUGCCCCAGUUCCGCGGCGAUCCCAUGGCGCCGUUUGAUCCGGACUUAGCCUUCGCGAGCCCCUUCGCGGACCGCGGAGACGAGGCUUUAGCGGCUGGAUGGGAUAUAGCGCGCAAGGACAUGCGCAAUGUAGGGCGUGACGGGCGCGUGCCCUACCAGAAACGGGCCCAUCAGGAUACGACUAUGCUGUCAUAACUUUCGUGUAGC